AUGAACGAAAAGCCAAAAACAGAAGAAUCGAAGUCUCCCCUGUUGAGUUCUGGGCCUCAUAUCAAACCUUUAAUUCCCGAGACCGUGCUAGACGUCACUUCUCAACGUCUCUCCAUUGUGUCCUUGUUUUUUCUCAUUCAGGGAUGGAAGAUAUACGACCUUUACCUUAUCAAAAAUGACUUUCUCAGAGAGGCCUUACACAGCUCGCUGUCGGUGAAUCUUCUUCCUCCGGAAUGGAAUUUCAUUUUUAAGUACAUGUUCCUGGACGGUUUAGUUGUGUGGGCCAACUCCGUUUUGAGAAUCCCUAAAUUGGCAUUGAAACCAUACGCAUCGGUCCUCCUGAUUUUGGGUCUCUAUACUGUUACAAUACUGCUGACAACCAACCUCAACUUUUCUUUCAUUCCUCUUUUCACCGGACUUAUUCAACAGCUUCACCCAGAAAAAGAGUUAGCAAUUGCUGAGGGCCUUGUUAACCCUCAAAAUCUUCUUGACCAGUCCACUCAUUUCAAGGGGAAGAAGAUGAUCAGAUUCUUGCCAGACUCCUCGAUCAAGCUCAAUCCUUUCAACCAAAAUUUCUGUUUGCAGAACUCGCAUCAUAGUAAAGUGAGAGUGCCCGUCAAAUAUAACUCUUCGAGCGAGCUGGAUUUUCUACAAAUCGUCCACACCGAUUUUGAUAACAACAAGUACACUUUAAACUACACAAGAAAAGAGUUGAAGAAGUUCUUGUCCGCAGAUUAUUCACGGGUUCAAGGCUGGGAUAUUAACUAUAUUGACGAACGAGUCUCUUAUUUGGAACUGGAAUUUGAUAAGCCGGGAUAUUAUAUGGUUCGGCAGGCACAGGAUGUGAAACAUAAAAACAUACGCAAUUAUAGAUCCGACCUGGUAAUUCCAAGAUGUCCAAGUGCCCGUUUCGAAGAUGUGGAGCAGCUUAAAAAUGUGUGUGUUGAUGACGAGCUUGAUAAACUAUCAAUAGUGGUCACUGGAGUUCCUCCUUUGACUUUAGUGUAUGAGGAGGAGGUCAACGGUGAAUUGUCUCAUCUUCCGAACUCAAUCAUUGUCCCUGAAGAUAAAGGUUUUCACUCUCCUCUUUUAUCCAAAGAUUAUUACACUGGAAAGAGCAAUAUGAAAUCUCUCGAUUUCCAAUCGAGUGAUCUCAAAGACAUAUCUUGGGCAAAGUCUCAUGUUAUAACUGUUCCGUUGGCCAGUCGGAAAAUUGAGAAACCAGGUGAUUUCAUUUACACCAUUGGCAAGGUCAUUGAUGGUUUUGGAAACAUUGUUGAAUACUCGCCAAAGCCAAGUGAUGGCUACCAUUUUUACAAAGUAAAGUCACAUCCUUUGCCACUAAUCAAUUUCGUUGAAUCCAAACCAAACUCUCCAAUUUUGAUUGGAGAAGAAAAGUAUCUAGAGUUGAAAGUCAGCCAUGUUUCUAACCCAUCAGCAGAAGGUCCAUAUGCUGCCGACAUUAAAUUCAUUCCUGCUGAUGGCGAUCCUAAAAGCUCCAAGACCAGUACCCAUGUGUUUGACUUCAAGAAACCUGCAAAAAUUGUCGCUAAAGAGCCCGGGACCUACGUACUUGAGUCAGUCACCUCCAAAUUCUGUUCCUGCAAAUUAGGUACAUCCACUAUCAAUGUGGCACAAGCUAAUCUUCCGCGCAUGCAUGUUUCGGCAACCCCUAUAGUCGAUAACUGUGUUGGAACCACCGGAUUCAAGUUUACGUUUGAUUUCAUUGGCACAGGUCCGUUUGAGGUGGCAUACAAAGUUUCCAGAUUAGAUCCAAAAAAUGAGAAACGAGUUUUGUCGACAAAAGAUGCCAAAAUCCUUCGUUCGGAAACGUCAACUUUUGAGUUAGAUUACAAGCCGCCUACUGAAGGUAGCUAUGCAAUCGAAUUUGUGGCUCUCAGUGAUGCAUAUUACAAACGGAAGGUUACCUUUACUCGUCAGGAACACCGCUACGUCACCUACUUUGAGCAAAGACCUAGAGCUUACUUCUCUGAAAACAACAAAGUAACUAAGCUGAAUGUCUGCCAUGAUGAGAAGGCAUCUGUUGACCUACACUUGGAUGGAAAACCUCCGUAUCAAAUUGCUUACGAUCUUAUUUAUCCAGAUUAUAGAGUCGAGAAGUUUGAGGUUUCUGACAUAAACGAUCAUCAAUUCAAAAUCGAGACCGGCCGCUUGCAUCUCGGAGGAGAAUACAAGCUGCUGUUGAGAAAUGUUACAGACGCAUCAAAUUGUGGUAUGGAGUUCAGAGGUCAAGAAGUCCAUAUCAACGUCCGCAAAAGCUCACCUCAGUUGAGUUUUCCUCAGUCAGAAUCAUACAGGUUUGUGCAAGGUAAAGUUCUACUCGUUCCUCUGAAAGCCGACUUCAGCCAAAAAACCGAUCUGAAAUACCGUUUUAAAUCUUUGGAUGGUUCCGUUGAACAGGACGAAGUUCUCUACGACUUCAACCCAGCAGAUGGCUUCCCUGUAAGAAAGGAGGGUAUUUAUGAGCUCCUGGAAUAUUCCGUUGACCAGUGCCCAGGCGUGGUGUCAGAAAAUCAUCAAGUUCACGCCACGUAUCUUCCUAAACCAAAACUGAGAAUAGUUGAAACAGAUGAUUUGACUUUACUGUCUCAAAACAGCUAUCAAAAAUCUACUCUUUGCCAGCUGUCGCCGGGAUCCAUAGAGCUACAAGCAAUUGGCGAGGCCCCAUUCAUUAUUGAAUACUCAAUUAAACAUCCAAGUGGAACCAUUGAGCAGAAGAGUGAACAAAUCUCCAACAAGUAUUUCUCCAUCCAGCUCAAGACCGGCGAGAGUGGUGAUUAUGAGUAUACCAUCAAAGCUGUCUAUGACUCAAUAUACACGAACGAUAUACUGGACAGUCUUGUGAGGUCUGGCGAGUAUCGCUUUGAAGAGAUCCAGGUCAAGCAAGCCGUCUCUUCAUUACCUUCAGCCCGUUUUGUGGAUAACAAGAAAAUUUAUCAGACCUGUGUUUCGUCUCUAGGCAAUUUGGAUCUUUUGGAAGAAAUUCCAAUCCGCCUAUCAGGACGACCUCCAUUUAAUGUGAAGCUUGGAAUCUAUAACGAACAAGAUGGUUUGAGAACUCUCAAACUGGACAAUAUCCAAACUGAAAAAAUCGACCUUUUGAAUCUCUACGAGCACUUGAGGAUCGGAGUGUACCAAAUUUCCAUUCUUGAGGUGACAGAUUCAAACGGCUGCUAUAGCAGUGACUUUGACAAGGAAUCUGUCAGCAUCCAAGUUUACGACGUUCCUAAAAUCCGGCAUCUGACAGAUGACAUCCUACAUCCUGAGGAGCACAGUUUGAAAAAGCCUGAAGAGAUAACAUCUUAUUGUGUGGGCGAUCACAUAAAUUACAUGCUCACAGGUCUUCCUCCGUUCACUGUCUACUACGACUUUAACGGAAAGAGGCAAAAAGUGAACGUGAAUUCCAACUACUUCAAAAGAAGAGCUUCAAGUGAUGGUGAUUUGUCAAUUCUGGCGCUUUCAGAUUCAUCUUCGAAGAAUUGUGUGGUCAACUUCACUUCGAGUGAUGGAAAAAGCAGUACUAGACCAGACUUGAGAGCUAGAAUCCAUGAUCUUCCUUCUGUUGAAAUAUCCCAGGGUGACUCCAUAGAGGAAGACAUUCAGGAGGGUGACAAUGUUGAGAUUAUCUUCAGUUUCAGUGGAACGCCCCCAUUCAAACUGACCUAUAUCCGUACCGAUCUUGCUGAACCCAACCGCAUUGUGGAAACAGAAGUGGUGGAUAAUAUUAUGGAAUAUGAAUAUAGAAUAUGGGCACGCUUGGAAGGAGUCUACGAGGCCAUUGAAGUCCAGGACGCUUAUUGUGUGGCUAGGAAUCAUAAAUAA